UACAGGCAGUUAUGCCACAUCCAAUAUGGCAGACACGCUGAUGUAUUGCAGGAACUGGGGAACCAACUGUCUACGUUCUUGUCUGUGUUGAAGUCGGUCUCCCGUCCAGGGCGGAGUGAGAGAUCCAGCGUGGCAGCGGUGCUGGGCAGUGCAGACCGGGGUCGGACAGCUGUGUCAGUCGGGACAAGAGCUGGGGCGAGUGGUGAGAGUAGCCGAACGACCGGGACGGAGAAACGACCACUGGGGCGAGCGCGUCCAUUCACGCUCGGCCGUUUGUUUGUUUUUGUUGUUGUUUUUUUUUAAGCGCGAUGUAUGACGUCAUAGGCUCCAGUCGCCCAAAUGACCAGACGAUACAGGGCUCGUGGAUAAGGUGUCCGGUUGUACUGACGGGGUCUUCAAUGGACCGGGGAAGGGAGCUCUGAUGGCUCUCCGCGGCCCGGGCUGGAAGGAGACACCGAGGGCAGCGUACAGCAGCGGCAGCAGGUAUCAGGGAAGAGACGCGGUGUCCGCACCCCGCGAAAAAGAAGCACCACGGUGGGGCUGUCGUGCUUUUCACCGGAGGGUACGAGCGGGAAGGGGAACAUGGCCGCGCAGUCGGACGGUAAAGCCGGGAUGGGUUUCGCCCAGCUUUACGACGUCGACGCCGACGAGCGGCUGGACUCGGCCGCCAUCCACAUCUGCCAGUGCUGCCGCUCUUCGGCAUGCUACUGGGGCUGCCGCUCCGCCUGCCUCGGCUCAUUGCUCGGCGGGGGCCAACCCGCCGCCGGGGGGGUCGGUAUCCGCGAGACUCACUGCCCACCCCGGCAGCAGUUGUGGCUGGACUGCCUCUGGAUCAUAGUGGCCCUCCUCGUCUUCUUCUGGGACGUUGGCACGGACCUGUGCCUCGCGGUGGAGUACUACCAGAGGCGGGACUACCUGUGGACUACACCGGCGGGGGGCUCGGGGAGGUGGAGGGUCUGACAAAGCGGGGUGCGGUGGCUCCGGGGUGCCACUAUCCCGGCAAGGACCGCUUGCAGCUGGCCACCAUCUGGCUGUGGCAGGCCAUCAUACACAUCCUGCAGCUGGGGCAAGUCUGGAGGUACAUCAGGACACUCUACCUCGGCCUCAUGUCCCGUCACCAGAAGGAGCACCAGCGCCGCUGGUACUGGGCGAUGAUGUUCGAGUAUGCCGAUGUCAACAUGCUUCGGCUGCUGGAGACUUUCCUGGAGUCGGCGCCUCAGCUGGUCCUGCAGCUGUGCAUCAUGAUCCAGGAGAAUCGUGCCGAGACGCUGCAAUGCAUCUCCUCCCUCGCUUCCCUCCUGUCUCUCGCCUGGGUCUUGGCGUCCUACCACAAACUGCUGCGGGACUCGCGUGACGACCAGCGCAGCAUGAGCUACCGUGGCGCCCUGCUGCACCUCUUCUGGCGCCUCUUUACCAUCUCGUCCCGUGUCCUCUCGCUUGCCCUCUUUGCCUCGCUCUUUCAUAUCUACUUUGGCAUCUUUGUGGUGGUCCACUGGUGCGUCAUGGCCUUCUGGGUGGUGCACGGAGGCACCGAUUUCUGCAUGUCCAAGUGGGAAGAGGUGCUUUUCAACAUGGUGGUGGGCAUUGUCUACAUCUUCUGCUGGUUUAAUGUGAAGGAGGGCCAGACACGACACAGAAUGAUUACGUACUACACAGUGGUGUUGGCUGAGAACACCAUCCUCACUGGCCUGUGGUACGCCUACAGGGACCCCGUGCUGACCGACUCGUACGCCGUCCCAGCGUUGUGCGGCGUCUACUUAACGUUUGCUGGUGGCGUCCUGGUUAUGCUGUUGUACUACGGCUUCCUGCACCCCGCCACCGCCCGCCUCCAGCCGAGCCCCGCCUCCUCCUGCUGCGCCCAGCUGCUAUGGGGUCUUCCCCUUCCCCCUUCUGCACCACCUACCGCCCCACCUACCCCUGCACACAUGACCAAGUCCCAGACAGAUGAGGAUGUGGCUGAGACGUGUCUUCCCGUCUUCCAGGUGAGGUCAGUGCCCCCCACUUCCAAACCCGAGGGCCCACUAAUAAAGAUCGACAUGCCCAGGAAGCGAUACCCAGCGUGGGACGCCCACUACGUUGACAGGCGCCUGCGGAGGACUAUAAACAUCUUGCAGUACAUCACACCGGCCGCUGUGGGCAUCCGCUACCGUGAGGGACCCCUGCUGUAUGAACUCCUACAAUAUGAGUCUUCACUUUGACACACACAGCCACUGUGAGGAGAAAUAUUUGUCUUCAUAGUCACAUUCACUGAUGAAUAAGAAACACGUCACACUUGGUAUAAGCACAGAGACAUUAUAGCAGUCUGGCACAUUUUAAUGCACCCACCCUCACAAAAAAACACACACAUUCCUUGCGAGCACCUUCAACCUGCGAGUCCCUUGACCGGGACUCAACAAGCUGCCUCAGUGGGAAUCCACCGAAAUCUCCUCCUCUCUAUUUGCAAUACCGCCGUUUAUCUGUGUGAGAGCUCCAGAACCGUGAGCAUAUUUCAUACCAGAUUGAUUUUGCUACUGGCUGGUUACAUUGUCUCAGACACAAAUUCGCGCGUUUCUCUACCAAGAUGAGACAUUGAAAAGAGGAACCCGCCUCUGUAAGUUGAUUGAAUUAUUGGAGGAAUUAAGUCCCUCUGUACAAGGAACCAGAAAUCAGCUACUGUAGUUAAAAGAGGCUCCUGUUAAUUAGGUUCAUAUGGCUUUCAACAUCCCCCCAGUUUGCUGGAUUUAGGGACAAUUUGAGAAAUUCCUAGGGCUUGAGCCGCAGACUAGGCUAGUAAUAAGACAUAAACAACGAUAAACUCCACAAAUGUUAGCAUGUAUUUAAAGUGAAGUACAAUACUUAAUUUCCUUCGAAAUGAACGUGUACCAUGAAUAAGCACAGACUGGAGAGGAACAGAGAAAGGUUUUUCUCUAUCCUCCCUGUUAUCAUUACAGGAGUCAAUGUGUAAAAUAGGAUGUAAUAUGUAACUAAUAUGCUUGACAAUUACCAAAAAGAAAUAUCAUUUUAAUAUGACCAAAUGCAAGACUAGUCUGUUCUUAAAUCAUUUCCCUUAUUUAUCAAUUUUUUCUAAUGUUGACGCAUAGAGUACCCACUCAUCCAAAGCCACCUACAGCUAAGAUGUGAUUUUAAUUUUUCAGGGUUUGUUUUUCCCUGUAAUCCAAUCUGUUACAUUGGCAGGAAUCAAAACAUGUACAUAGAAUAUUAGUCAUGUCUUGUUCACAUGUCAUCAGGGUGUCGCAUUAACACAUUGUGACAACCGCAAACACGAGGUUUUGGAUUAAGGGGUGGGGCUGGUUGGGGAGUGCUUCUGGCAUCAAACAGGGUAAACUUGCUUUAGGCUUUACACAUGGUGCAGUUUGAAGAGGUACACGUACACGCAUACAAACAUUAUUAUCGUUGCUGUCUAGGGAACAUACAUAGCAUAAAAAAGAGCUACAGGGAAUCAUUGGCAAUUCAAAAUCUCCCAUACAAAUUGCAGUAGGAAUUUAUGAUUUGACCAAUUUUUUCAGUUUUUUUUUCUUAUGAAUUAUUAUAAUCAUAUUAUUCAUUACGAUGUACCAGUGUAGAUAUAAUGCACUUUCCUUGUUAUUACUACCCUUCUGCAUUGGAGUUUGACUGCCUUAUAAAUUUAUGUGGCCAAAUAUUUUGAUGUGCCCUAUAGGGGUUAUGCUAUGGCAAAGUAAAGUUGGGAUUGCAGCUCGUUUUAAAUAUACAAACUACAAUGAGUUAGUCUACACUACUUUCUGGGGUGCUACAGUUCAUUUGCUGCCAACAGAUGAGUAGAUUAGUCAGUGUGAAGAUGCAAUAGACUCAUAUGCUUACAGUAUGUGCAAAUAUGUAACAUGUACUUCUUAAGCAUGCGUCAUUAAGCAGCAAAAAGGGCAGAUUGUCACUUUGGAUUCUAUGGUGCAACUUGAGUACUGCCUUCAGUUAGUGGCCAUAAGGCUUCAGCCACACGGACCACUGCUAUGCAACUCUCUCAUUGCAGGGAGAUGUGCUUAGUUAACUCACUCACAAGACACACACAAACUGUUUUGUCCUGUACAGCAUGGUGCUAAUUUGUUCAUGCAUACAGUGAAAAGUAGUGUAAUAAUAACAUGGGAUGUAUACCGACCUCACCACUUGAACACACACACAGAUACAGUAAAGUAACCCUUGACCCCUUUACAAUUUGGGAAAAGAUUCUUAUGGUGCUAUCAAGUGAAGAUGGGUAGGUUUUGUAGUCAUGGUUACAGUGUGAUGGAGAAUUUAGCCAAAUAUGUGUUGUGAGCUCCACAGUCAAGUUGCAACACUCACUGAAGCCUGCCUCACCCACUCGGCAGGAGUGGCUAUGGACCUUUUUUGAAGGGAAAAUCCAGGGGGUGUCAGUGCUACACACUCACAUGGGCAGGCAUUGUACAAUGAGUAAGGGGUCAGUGUGUGCAAACCCAACAUCAUGUACCAUCUGAAAAAAAACACAGCCAGGAAUUCAUGUUAUAGAGUGUGAACUGCUUACUUUGAAGUGUUUCGUGGGUGCUAUGUUCGCAUACUAAGCAGCCGCCAUAACUACCACUCCCAGAGCUCCCGCCAGUCAGGUGUUUCACAGGCAAAUCAGGUCUGACACAACCAAAAAGUACUGUCACCUUUCAGUUUUAAUUUAAGAGGUUUCGCACACAAAAAAAUGGCAAUUUACCAUUGGUGAAUUACAGCCAUUUUAUGCUGAGAAUAUCACAUUUACAAGUGUUUGGAAAACUGACAUAAACAUACUGCACGCACUACACACAAUCUUAGCUUGACAUCACGUGACUGACUUGGAUAUUGCAGGUCCUUUCUUGCUUUUUCCAGUCAUUUUAGGCUCCCUGUUUAUCCAUACUGUGAAGCGCCAUGUCCCUUUUGCAGCAUUUGGCGAAAUAUGAGUCAAGCAUAAAGUGCUAUACACCUCAGAUCAUCAGUAAACACCAGUGACCCAGUUCCACUGGCAGCUAGACAUGUCCAUGACACAGGACGUGGUAUGCUGCAGGGGAUGAUUAUCGGAUCCUUUGCUUCUCCACAAUUUUUCUUUUGUCAUUGUUCUGAUACAAAUUGUCAUUGGGUUUAUCUGUCGAAAAAGUGUUUGCCGAGGGUUUGUUUUUUUUCCUGGUCAUUUGGCUUUCCUGUGCAUGACUGUCACCACGGGUUGUUGCAAAUCCUCUGUAUUUCAUUCCGGAUUUUUAAGAAACAUGAUAUUCCAUUGUGAGACAAUUGAAAUGUCUUUGACAUGGAUCACAAAUAUACAGAAUGAUAGUAUGAAGGCAUCUCUUGAUUGUAGAUUCUGACAAUAGUACACCUACAACUGCUGAUAUUCAUGGCUUUCUCUGCUGUCAUUCGCUUUGUCUUUUGGUCUUAUGAAUAUUAGAGGUACUAUACAUGCUCUAGAUGUACUAUAAAAUCAAAUAAAUGUAAUUCUUAAAUGGUAAAAGACCAUGAUUUUUGGAAACCUCUUAAAUACAAGCUCCAUUAUGGAGGAUAAAGGCAUUGUCCCAAACUAUAGUGUGUGUCCCGCUUUGCAUGUGUGGUGCUCAGACUUAAUUGUAGCCUCAGGUAUCACCUCCUCAUCGCUUCUGUCCAGCUAUGGGCGACCCUCCAUCACUGUACGUGCAAAGGUCCCUCCAUUUCAUUGCAGUGUUGUAUGGCUUCACAGUCACAGCUAUGCAAGAUUACACACAAAGGUUCUGGGCACCAUUACUUUUUCAUUUGUUAUUGUCGCUUUUUUUUAUUAGACACGCGGUGCAAGGGAGGAUAAAGUAGUGUCCAUUUUUCUCCUUAUUUCUUUGCAUUCGUAAUCAUUUGUAGAUCUGUUUUUUUUUUGUUUUUUUUUACAGUUGACUGAUUUGGAAUGUUUUCAAAUUAUAGUUGGGAGAGGGUUUAAAACAGUGACAAACAACUGAGAUCUCCCGACUGAGGAAUUUGCAUCCUAUUAUGAAGAAACACAACUCCUUUUGUGCUUUUAAGUACUUAAAUGUUUCACUAUCAGGGUCUGCAAAGAGUAUGAUGCCGAUAUGUGAGGAUAUGCGUGCGUGUGCCAGUCACAUUUAUUUAUUAAGCUACAUUUUAAAAAGAAAAAAAGAUUGUUACAUAGUUGUGAAAGUAUCAUCACCCACUAUAGUUUAAUAUCAGUUUAAAAGGAUUUGAUUUGGGGGGGUCAUGCUUUUCUGCUGUGGUCUUCAGCUUGAAAAUAAGUAGCUGUAGAAACUGUGCUUAAGAUGUGCUAGAUUUGAUUUAUUGUGGCAUUUUGAUUGUAAAUAGCUUUUUCUGUAAACUCAUUAGUUUCCUCAAUGUGGACAGAGUUUACUUGUAGAUUGCUCAUUCCAAGGCUAGUAAAUGUUCUCUAUAAAUAUCCAGAAUGUACGGUGAGAGAAGAAAAAUACUGGUGUUUUUGUAAGAGUCUGUGCCACUGUGUUGUCCUAAAUAGAAGCACAAUGACAGAUGAUAGUGUCUGUCCGCAUGAUUAAGUUUUGGGAAGACUUUUGCCAAAGUGGCAGUUGCUUUAUUCGUUCACAUGAAAAGAAAGAAAAGCAUUUUAAUUUAUUUUACUUCCAGUUAGAACAAGCAUAGAAACUGGAUUUUGAUUUAAUGAUUGACAAUGCAGCGUCAGUUUGUUUAGCAUAAAAUAUAAACAUAGCUUGCAGACUAGAGGUUCUGCAAACUUUGAAGCAAAUUAAUUUUCAUGUGAGGUUUUAUGGUGAGAUUUAAUCUAAUCAAAGAACCUCCUGCAGCAUUAUCGGUUGAGAAGCAAGUUCAGCGAUGGGUCUAAUCAUCAGCCAUGUUUAAGCUUAAUGUCCACCUCACCAUCAUUCAGGAACCAACUUGUCUUCUGGGAGAAAUCCCCAAACUCACACCAAAUGUCUCAGUGGAAACCAGAGACACAAGCAUUUGUUGUGUAUCACUGGUUUCUUUAAGUCUACAACAGUGUCCUAUCAUUCUGGGAAAGAGUUGAAUAUUUUCGCAAAUGGCUCAACAUGGCCACUGUUAGAAAUUGCGUUAUUUUUCUAACAAUACCUCGUGAAGAUAAAAGUAAAAUAUAUGGAAACAGUUCAUUUGGAUUUUAAAACAAUAGUAUGUCAGUAUGUUUUAUGCAGUACUCCCGUUUUGUUACACUGUAUUGUUUGUUGUGACUGCAAUGGAAAAAAAGUAUAAUAAAAUAAUAUGAAUACA